UGAGACACAUUGUGCAUUCUCAGGAAUCAAUGAUCCAACCUGACACUGACUUCACCUCGACCAUGAGCCGCAGAGGCAGAAAUCUGCUGUCAUCUCGCAGCGAACACGGCGCUAUGGCAACCGCAGCGGCUCAGAACUGAUAGAUAUUGAUGCUAGUAUUUUACUACUUAUUUUAGUGAAUGUUUUUUGUUUGUCUGGACCCGGAAAAGGCCUCUGGAAGUGGUGGCGUCUCGGACACUCUUCGGCUGCGGUGAUCCAGACAUCAGGAAGACGGUUAGCUAGUAGCUGACAUUCGCACGGCAUUAGCGUUAGCUCUUUCCAAGUGUUGCUGGUGAAAUGGCGGAACCGGAGCUCCUGCUGGACUCCAACAUCAGACUGUGGGUAGUGCUGCCCAUCGUCUUCAUCACUUUCCUCGUCGGGGUCAUUCGCCACUACGUGUCCAUUCUGCUGCAGAGCGACAAAAAGUUGACAUUAGAACAAGUUUCUGACAGCCAGGUUCUGAUUCGGAGCAGAAUCCUCAGGGAGAAUGGAAAGUACAUUCCUAAACAGUCUUUUCUAAUGAGGAAAUUCUACUUCAAUAAUCAAGAGGAUGGAUUUUUUAAGAAGACCAAAAGAAAAGUGGUUCCUCCUUCUCCCAUGACAGAUCCCAGCAUGCUGACUGACAUGAUGAAAGGGAACGUCACCAAUGUGCUUCCCAUGAUCCUCAUUGGCGGCUGGAUCAACUGGACUUUUUCAGGAUUUGUUACGACGAAGGUUCCCUUUCCCCUCACCUUACGAUUUAAGCCCAUGCUGCAGCAGGGAAUAGAGCUGCUCUCUCUGGAUGCUUCCUGGGUGAGCUCUGCUUCCUGGUAUUUUCUGAACGUGUUUGGUCUUCGGAGCAUGUAUUCAUUAAUUUUAGGCCAAGAUAACGGUGCAGACCAGUCCAGGAUCAUGCAGGAGCAGAUGAGCGGGGCGGCCAUGGCCAUGCCUGCAGACACAAACAAAGCUUUUAAA